GUUGGAUGCAUAGACUGCACCCACAUAGCAUUAGUCAAGCCAUCAGAAGAUGAGCAUUUAUAUUUUAACCGAAAAGGUUAUCAUUCAUUGAAUGUACAAAUGGUAUGCGACAGUAAUUUAAAAAUUAUAAAUGUCAAUUCAAAGUUUGGAGGAGCCACCCAUGACUCAUUCAUAUGGGCAUCUAGCAGAAUGGAAACAUUUAUGCGAGAGUUGCACCAAAAUGGAGAACAAGUGUGGUUGUUAGGUGAUUCUGGGUAUCCACAGCGGCCAUGGCUGAUGACUCCAAUAUUAAAUGCAGUUCCUGGCUCUGUUGAAGAUACGUAUACUCAGCGACAUGUACAAGCAAGGAACUGUAUAGAACGCUGUUUUGGAUUGCUGAAGUCACGUUGGAGGUGCUUGUUAAGACACAGGACCUUACAUUACCAUCCUACGGUUGCUGGGAAUAUUGUACUUGCCUGUUGUGUGUUACACAACAUGGCUUUAGAGGCUAAUUUACCUUCUCCACCUGUAAUGGAAGUAGAAGAUGAUGCGCAGCAUAAUAAUGCGUCUGACAGUGUUGGUGCUGCUAGCAACCAAAGUGAGUUGCUUCAAGGCAGGGCAGCACUUAGUAAUCUUUUGUCGAGACUUAAUUAGUGUGUAAUUUUGUAAAAUGUAACUUAGCAAAAUUAAAAAGGUUUUAUAUUCUUUACAA